AUGGAAUGGCUACUUGCUCAGGCGGGCGCCACGGCAGUCUCGUUUGCCACCCGUGGCGGCUACUCGCUGGCCACCCAUUACGCCGUGAAGACGGUCAAAAAGUUUAUGGAAAAAGUUCCGCCAGAGGACCGCAAGGGACUGGAAAAGACACGACAGCGGCUGGAAACCAAGAUUCUCAUCAUCUCGCCGGCAAUUGAUCUGAUCCAGCUGAUCUCAGCCCGAGGAAAUACCUCGUUGAGCACUACGGUGGCGCUGACCCGCGAGCUCAAGAACGACAUUGUGGAGUUCCAACAAGACAUGGACCAGAGCAUGGAGGACGCUUCUGUGUCGGUGGCGAGGGUCACGGAAGCGAUGGAUCUGCUGCUGAAACGGGUCGAAGAGGCAAUUCCGCUGAUUCAGCUCGCCUUGACCACCUCCGGCGCCUGUCUGAGCUCAGACCUGCCCAGUAACGUGUCUCCAGCGAGACUAUUGCAGGCAAUGGAUUACGUCAGACAAGCCGAAAGAGAAUGGGACACCCGGAGAGAUGUAUCACGUGCCGCAAAUUCCAGCGCCCUGGGAUCCAUUCCUACUUUGAAACCGGAUUUAAAUAACACUGAACCAGCCCAGACCGGUCGCUCAAAUACCGCAGACCUGUCUCACCACGACAUCCAAAUAGGACCCACCUUCUCAAUUACCACAUACACAACCUUCUCCUCGUCGACACAAAUAGCAUGGAAAGAAGACAUGGCCAGAGCAACACUGUCGCUCUUCCAGACCAACAAAAAGUACUCCUACUACCUGAAACUAGAGGAAAACUUCAACGACGGCCGUUACCACGAUGACCAGCCGCGAGUCAGCACCAUUGAUGUGUCCAAAAUCACCCGUUUGUUUUUCUCAGCCUCUGGAAAGCUGUUGGAAAUCGAAGACUCCAAAAGUCCAGUCCUGGUAGUCAAAAUUAACGAGGCCGAUUUGGAAAAGGAAGAAGAGGAAGAUGGGCACAAGGAUGAGGAAGACCCGGAGGAAAAAGUCACGUGGCUGGCAAUCGAGAGCUGGUCACGUGACGUGGAGGAAGAGGAGGAGUCCGAGGAGUUUGAGGAGUAUGAUGUUGACAACUCGUUUGAUAUGAGCGUCACCGAGGACACCCCCGGCAAGUCACGUGUAUUUGAGUCGCCUGUGAAACGGGAGGGCGGUGGUCCGCCACGUGACUAUGACAAUCCUCGAGACUUUCUGCGGUCGCGCGACUUUUCCAAGUACGAGGGCGCACGUGACCACCACCACGUGACGUCGCUCUCGCAGCAGCUGGACGGCUUGUCCAUCGACUCAGAGUCACGGGUCUCCAUUUCUCUGCUGGAGUAUCUCAUUCGUCUUCUGGCUCUCCAGUCCAAUGACCAAAAGUCCGCCCUUGAAAUCACAGAUGAGCGUCUUAAUCUGUAUCUCCGAGACGAGUCACGUGCUUCAGAUUAUGAGCAGUCUGUCCCGGCGGUGGAGUCUCAGCGUACAAUGUCCAGACCCAUAGCGCCCGAUACUCCUGUGGUUCUUGGCGGUAGGAGAGGCGGACGGGUUGGGGUCCCUGUGUCUAGCAGUAUAGGCCGAGGUCACGUGCUGCAUCACAAUGUUGGUCAGGGUCAUCUGACUGGUCCCGGGCCGUCUUUUGGUCACGUGUCAGCCUCGGUUUCGCGGCCCUCGUCUUCUGCUGCUCCUCAGACUCCCAUGAGGAACAAUCAGUUUUCGUCGUUCCACACGCCGAAUACCAAGAGUGCAUGGGAGGUGGAUCGGGUCAUGCGACCGAGUCCGUUGAAGAGGCAGUAA